AUGACCUUGAAACUUCCCAGGAGAAGGCUUCUGAUGCUACUGAUGGUCUGGGGCCUGACCCAGGGUGACCCCUUGAAGCCCUCUCGGGGCCCGCUGGUGACCUGCACGUGUGAGAACCCACACUGCAGGGGGCCCACCUGCCAGGGGUCCUGGUGCACAGUCGUGCUGGUGUGGGAGGACGGACAGCUCCGGGAGCACCGGGGCUGCGGGAGCAUGCACCCGGAGGUCUGUAGGGCGCGCCCCACGGAGUUCGUCAACCACUACUGCUGCUACAGCCCCCUAUGCAACCACAACGUGUCCCUGGUGCUAGAGGCCACCCAGACUCCUCCGGAGCAGCCACAAGGAGACAGCCAGCUGCCUCUGAUCCUGGGCCCCGUGCUGGCCUUGCUGGUGCUCGUGGCCCUGGGUGCCCCGGGCCUGUGGCAUGUCUGGCGGAGGAAGGAGAAGCAGCGGGGCCUGAACAGUGAGCUGGGCGAGUCCAGCCUCAUCCUGAAGCCAUCUGAGCAGGGGGACAGCAUGUUGGGGGACCUCCUGGACAGCGACUGUACCACGGGCAGCGGCUCAGGGCUCCCGUUCCUGGUGCAGAGGACAGUGGCUCGACAGGUCGCCCUGGUGGAGUGUGUGGGAAAGGGCCGCUAUGGCGAGGUGUGGCGGGGUCUGUGGCAUGGUGAGAGUGUAGCCGUCAAGAUCUUCUCCUCCAGAGAUGAACAGUCCUGGUUCCGGGAGACUGAGAUCUACAACACAGUGCUGCUCAGACACGACAACAUCCUAGGCUUCAUCGCCUCGGACAUGACUUCCCGCAACUCCAGCACGCAGCUGUGGCUCAUCACGCACUACCACGAGCACGGCUCGCUCUACGACUUUCUGCAGAGGCAGACGCUGGAGCCUCAGCUGGCCCUGAAGCUAGCCGUGUCCGCGGCCUGCGGCCUGGCGCACCUGCACGUGGAGAUCUUCGGCACGCAGGGCAAACCGGCCAUCGCCCACCGCGACCUCAAGAGCCGCAACGUGCUGGUCAAGAGCAACCUGCAGUGCUGCAUCGCCGACCUGGGCCUGGCUGUGAUGCACUCCCAGGGUAGCGAUUACCUGGACAUCGGCAACAACCCGCGAGUGGGCACCAAGCGGUACAUGGCCCCCGAGGUGCUGGAAGAGCAGAUCCGAACCGACUGCUUCGAAUCCUACAAGUGGACGGACAUCUGGGCCUUUGGCCUGGUGCUGUGGGAGAUCACCCGCCGGACCAUUGUCAAUGGCAUUGUGGAGGACUACAGGCCACCCUUCUACGAUGUGGUGCCCAAUGACCCCAGCUUUGAGGACAUGAAGAAGGUGGUGUGUGUUGACCAGCAGACCCCCACCAUCCCCAACCGGCUGGCUGCAGACCCGGUCCUCUCAGGCCUGGCUCAGAUGAUGCGGGAGUGCUGGUACCCCAACCCCUCUGCCCGCCUCACUGCGCUGCGGAUCAAGAAGACACUACAGAAACUCAGCAAUGGUCUCCAGAAGCCCAAAGUUAUUCCCUAG